AUGCUCCGACAAGGUGUUCUGCGGAGGGGCGUCCGUAUGUUCGCGACGGCCGUUGCUCCGCGCGAGCCCAGCGCGCAUACGAUCGCCGUGUCGAAGGCGCAGGGUAUUUCCAAUAACCUGACUGAAGCCAUCGGAAACACGCCCCUCAUCCGCCUCACCCACCUCUCUAACGAAACCGGCUGCAAUAUCCUCGGCAAGGCCGAGUUCAUGAACCCCGGCGGCUCGAUCAAAGACCGCGCAGCCCUCUACGUAGUCCUCGAUGCCGAAGAGCGCGGCCUCCUGCGCCCGGGCGGCACCGUCGUCGAAGGCACGGCGGGAAACACGGGCAUCGGCCUCGCCCACGUGUGCCGAUCGCGGGGUUACAAGCUCGUCAUCUACAUGCCCAACACGCAGUCCCAGGGCAAGAUUGAUCUACUGCGACUCCUCGGCGCUGAGGUCUACCCCGUGCCCGCCGUGGCCUUCGAGAACCCGGAGAACUACAACCACCAGGCGAGGAGGCACGCUGAGGCUCUCGACAACGCCGUGUGGACGAACCAGUUCGAUAAUAUUGCGAACAGGAGGGCGCACAUCGAGACUACGGGCCCCGAGAUCUGGACGCAGACCGAGGGCAAGGUCGAUGCGUUUACUUGCUCGACUGGCACGGCGGGUACGUUUGCAGGUGUUACGCGCUAUCUGAAGACCGUUUCGGACGGGAGAGUCAAGGCCAUCCUCGCCGAUCCCCCCGGCAGCGUGCUCUACUCGUACAUCACAUCGGGGGGCAAGCUCACCGAGCGCUCUGGGUCUUCCAUCACCGAGGGUAUCGGCCAGGGUCGCGUGACGGAUAACUUGAAGCAGGACAUCGACCUCGUCGACGGCGCGGUGAGCAUCAGCGACGCGAAGAGCAUCAACAUGGUCUAUAGGUGUCUAGAUGAGGAGGGUCUCUAUCUCGGCGCGAGCUCGGCGCUCAACGUCGUCGCCGCUAAGGAAGUUGCCGAGAAAUUGGGCAAGGGAAGUACCGUUGUGACGGUGCUUGCUGAUGGUGCCUACAGGUACGCCGAUAGGCUGUUCUCGAGGAAGUGGUUGGAGAGCAAGAACCUUUUGGGUGCGAUUCCUAAGCAUCUUGAGAAGUAUAUUGUACUACCUUAG